UUGAAGCUGGUAAAAAAAACAGAGUAUUGUCGUCAAUUUAUAUUAAGAAGAGUGUGCGGAACAAUUUUAUGUUCUGUGAACCCCAAAAUCACAGUGAAAUUCGAUGGAAGAAGAGAGAGAGGUUUAUGUGAACGAUGAAGCAGAGGUUGUUAAAGCUGAAGACAAACUUGCUUUGCAAUUCAUGGAUUCAUUUCAUACCUAUCUAACCCUCUCUCAUUCUUUGUCUUCCACACUUCGACAGGGAUGGAUGGAUUUAGCAAGUGCCAGACAUUCUAUGGGUACUUCGCGUGUUAAUAGUUCUUUAUUGGAUCUGAAACUCCAUCCAGCUGCUACAACAUUGAAGAUCACCGAAAAUGAUGGUACUCAACCACGCUUCAUGUUGCAGAAAUGGGUAUCCUCUGAACAUGAAAGUACUCAGUUAGAAGACAAGAAUGAGCAGCCACAAGAUAGUAAUAGUAUGACAUCGUCUGAGGCGGCCAUUACAAAGAACUUAACGGGACUUGCAGAUACUGAUGAAGUUCAAAAAGAGCGAUUCAAGUCUUUGUCAGUCUUUGGAGUUCUAAUUUCCCCAAAGCUUCGCGCCACCCAGCUGUCAUUUGAGAAAGCACUAGAGACACUCAUUGAACUAGCAAAUAUGCGAUCAUCAUUGUUAAACUCUUUUCACCAACUUCAGCAAGAGGUGGAAGAUACCAAAGAAUGAAAAGGUUUGCAGUGGCAUCAAAUAUGGACAAGAAGAUUAAAAACAAAAUAUGGACAGUCUGAUUACAGUACUAUGGACUAAGCGUUGCAAGAUUUUGGUGUUUAAUUUAUUGAUCUACAAUUCAGAGCAUUGCAAGAUUUGGACAUUCAAUUUAUUGAUCUACGAUUCAGAAGACCCAGUGUUCCUUAUUUCAUGUUGCACCCUUGGUUUUUGUGACAAUCUACAUAAACUUUGAACAGUUUUUUUAGGACACCAUCACGAAAAGAUGAAACAAGUUCAAAAUAAUUUUCUAUUCUCUGUUUAUUCAUUCGGUGUUUUGUUUCA